UUGAAACGAAAUAAAAAAGUUGUUACUGAACCAGGAAAAUCAGUGACAGUCGAUGACUUUCUACGACAGGAAACAAAUGCGUCAACUUCAUCAGUAGCUAGCGUACAAGGCAGAGCCAAGACUUCGAAAAAUUACAAACUCAAUGCGAAAAUAUAUAAAAAAUCUGGCAACUGUCAAAAACUGGUCGACAAUGGUGAAAAUAAUAGAUACAAGAUGGAUAUGAUUGAAGAUGAACGAAUAAAAUGUAUGGAAGGGACUGAAAAUGGAAAUCUCGUAGAUAACUUUAACAUGGAUAUGACGCAAUCUCUCAAAGAUAUGUAUGAAGACGAAAUGGAGCUCAUAGAAAAGAUCAAAAACGAAGAUUUUACAGAUGCAAUUGAUUUGAAAAAUCUUCAAGAUUCAUUGAAAGAUGACGUCAAGGAAAUAAGCACGCUUUUAGAUAAAAAAACGGGACUUUUAAAAAUUAAGAAGCAGACGAAAUUACCUGGAAAUAAUAAUAAUGAAAAUAAGAUAAAAGUUCUUUCGACAGUGACUUUAAAUCUACCAUCAACGUCAACCGGAAAGACAAAUACAUUAGGUUUGUUUUUUAGACCACACGUCCUAUAUUCAGACAGUAACGAAAAAUUGCAAAAUAAAGAUAAAGAGAACGUGCUGGAAGAAAUAGAGUUAAACAUAAAAAAUGAAAAGAAAGAAAGAAAAUGUAUUAACAAACCAGUCAAAUAUAAGGAUUGCGAAACAACAGAGAAACUAGUAACGACAGUAGAAAACAAAGAUUUAUUACAAAAAGUGAAACCAAUAAAAACAAGCAAAAAAGAGAACAAAAGAGGUAAUAAUAGUAAAAAACAAAAAAGAUCUAAAAGACUAACUCGAAACAGCAGUGGCAGUGACACCGACGUUUCCGAGAAUAUUUCAUAUAGAGAAUCAUCAGAUAGUAGCGAAAGAUACGUUCCCGAAGAUGUUGAUAAAGACGUCGAAAUGUGUACAACAGAAUUUAAUGAAAACAAUAAAACUAUGUCCGUAGAAAAUGAAGAAUUAUUGGACCAUCAUAUUCAACAUGAAGUGCACGUUGACAAAUACGUUUUGGUCAAAUUUAUAACUGAAAAGAGUACUAAAUAUUAUGUAGGAAAGGUAACAAAAAUCGAUGGAAUCUUUGUGUCCCAUAAAUUUUUUAAGAAAGAAGAAUAA